UAUGACGUCACCAUUAUGGAGGUUCACUACUGAGAGUAUAAGAUCAAAAUAAUUCAACCUUAAAAAGAUGGCUGCCUAUGGUAGAGGAGAAUUUGAUGGAUUUUCUUCAUAUCAAGCCGGUUCUAGUAGAGGUUCUGAAGGAGGAAGUGAGUUUAACCGAUUGUCAAAUACUGUUGGAAGUAAUAUACAGAAAAUAACACAGAAUGUAUCCCAGAUCCAGAGACUUGUUGGUGUUAUUGGAACUUCACAAGACUCUCAAGACUCCAGAGAUAGAGUGCAUCAGCUAACACAUUACACCAACCAGCUAGCCAAAGAAACAAAUGUAGAUCUGAAGUCAUUUGCAAGAUUACAUGUAUCACCAGCAGAUCAGUCAAAAUGGAAGAUGCAGAAAGACCGAUAUACAGAAGAAUUUAGUAAUGCAUUAACCAACUUCCAGACGACACAAAGGACUGCUGCAGAGAAGGAGAAAGCAAGUGUAGCCAGAGCAAGGGCACAUUCAUCAACAACAAAGUAUCCAUUUGAAGAUGAACCACAGGAAGAUUUUACAUCACCUGGAUUUUCACAAACAAAACAAGUCUUAGUAAUGGAGGAAGAUGUUGAUUUAGAAAUGAUUCAAGAACGAGAAAAUGCUAUCAAACAGUUAGAGCGUGAUAUAACAGAUGUCAACCACAUCUUUAAAGAUCUUGGCAUGCUGGUCCAUGAACAAGGUGAUAUGUUAGAUAGUAUAGAAGCUAAUGUAGAGACAGCACAAAUACAAGUCCAUGAAGGCAAUAAACAACUAGCUAGUGCUUCAACAUAUCAGAGUAAGGCACGAAGAAAAAAAUGUAUCUGCCUGGUUAUAGUGUUUGUGAUAAUAGCAGUUGUAGCCAUUAUAUUAAUUGUUACAUUAAAGAAGUAAUCAGAAGAAAAGCAGAAGGAAGAAGUGUAUAAUUAUUGUAAUUCUCUUGGUUGUUCUAAUAUUCCUCAUUCUUAUCAUCUGGGCUGCUACAAAAACAGACUAACUUUACCCAAGGGAAGUAACUCAGUCUGCACACAACGAUACCCAUGUCAAACAGUGAGGAGACAGCUUUGUCAAGAAUUACGUUAACAUUUUGUUCAAAAGAAAUUCCAAUAUAUUACCAAGAAGUAUCAAAAUAUCUGUUUAAAAUGAAAACAAUGUUUGUUUAGCUUAAUUUUCGUAUGGACUGAUUUAGUGUAAUGGAAGAUGUUCCAUAUCAUGUCAUUUAUAAUUUAUUUAAUAACAUUUACAUAUUAUAACACUGGAUGUUCUGUUAAAGCAGACUUUUAUAUAAAAUUGUAAAUCAAAUGUCAGGUAUAUUGGCCAUUGACAUGAUUUAAAAUCAACAAAAUGGUGAUCUUGGUCUCUUUGUUUAUGAUAUUGAUUAUACCAUAGUCCCUUAGCAGAGUUCACCAAGGAACGUGUAUUACUAUAUGCAUUUACAAAAUAAUGCUUGAAGUGAUUGGAGUUUUAAUGUAAUUCAUUCAUUAUAUUUUCCACUAGUUUAAAUGAAGUGCUUAAGUUCAUUUGUCGCCAAAAAAUUACCUUGUACCUUUGUCUAUAGAAAGGUAGUUCCAAAACUAAUGCACUUUUUGGGCUAGUGGAAGAUUAUUAACUUUUCAAUGUUAGUUACCCCCCUUAGUUUGUAGUUUUUACAGUGCAUUUAUUCAAAUUAUAACUCACAAUUAUCCAAAUAAGACAUGAAAUUGAAAUUUUAUCUUGGCAAUACUAUAUUUUGUUUAAUUAGGGCAUCUGUGGUCGAGUGGUCUGAGUAAUUCAUCUACAGCAAUAACUAGUCUGUCACUAAGAAGUUGUGAGUUCUAACCCAGCUCAUAGUAAUUGUGUAGACUCCUAUCUUGAUUGACUAGGAUUACUAGUUUUCCCGACCAAGUGUCCAUGAUUCUUUCUAUGUUAUGCUGCUCCAUCCUCCAAGAAGUGACCACCAUGAUGAACCCAACACAUGCUGAGAGUGUUGCUAAACACCAUCCAUCCGUCAAUAUUGGAAAUUCAGUUUUUAAAUUGUUGUAAAAGAACAAAGAACACCUUGACCAUUCUCUAUAAUAAUAAGACGUGAACAAUUCCACAGAUCAUUAUAGAUAAUUUUGUCUUUAUAUUUAUAGACCCCACAUUGUUACCAUUAUUAUAUAUUAUUUUAAGAGAAUACCAUAUAGAAUGUUGAUAAACUUAUUUCUGUGUGUGAAUGUUAUAUGAAGUUUUGUAUCUAGCAUAUAAUAAACUGUUCUCUAUUACUAGUAAAUUUAAUUUUGUGUGUGAUAUGAUUGUAUCAUAUUUGAUUUUUUUCUCAGAACUGUACGACAGUUUUAUGAUGUAUUUUGUUCUAGUAAAUACUGACCUACAAAUUAGUUUAACGAUUAGUAUCAACAGAACAGUAUGACGAUUAAGCUUGAGUGGUAAAAUUCUCAAAAUCAAGAGACAGUUAGAAUUAUUGAGAAAGUACAAUCUCUGUUAGGUAUUUGAUGCAUUUAAAAUAUUUAUUUUGUUAAGUGUAUGUCUGUGACGAACUAGAUUUGAAAUUAGAUUUAAGUUGUAAUCAAAAUUCAUAGCUAAAUAAACUCAUUUAAAUCGCAUCCUUUAUUAUAUCAUCAAAAACUAGUCUAUGAUAGCCUUUAUUGGCUUUGAGACUAAGUCAUUUAAGAUUUUAUUACCCAAGUUUAUCAAAGACAAAAACACAUCAUAUUGAUAGUAAUUCUAUUUACGUUCCAGUCUUUAAAUGGUGAAUAAAAGUAGGUGUUUGGAAUAUGUACUAGCUUAAGUUAUAAUUCUAACCAAACUGAAUCAGAUGUUGAUGAUAAUUACUGUUUUCAAGUAUAGCUAUUUCAAAUUAUUAUACAUGCUAUAAUGUUACUACUACCUUUAGGACAGAAAGCAACAUAAACCAAAACUUAUCCAAGAAAUAAGAUUUCCAGUAGCACAAUAAUUUAUAUCCCUACAGGUACUUUUUGUAACUUAAGAUAUAUGAUUUCCCUAACAGGUACUUUUUGUAUCUUGAGAUAUAUGAUUUCCUUAACAGGUACUGUUUUUAACUUGAGAUACAAUGUAUAUGAUUGACAUUCCUGGUUAUGAAUGAGUAUGAUUGGUGCAAUAAGUCUGUAUAUUAAAUGUUAGGUAAUUAUAUCAAUACACAUUUGGUUGUUAUUAUGUUUUGUUAUAGACUGUAUAAAAUAAAUGUGAUAUACUG